ACCAUUUCCUGGUUGUUUCUCUUAAAGCCUGAGCAUGCUCUUCCUCUGGGUGUGUAGACAAGUCACAACUAUGCUGUAGUUGAUCUUUAUUUACGUAAAGGCUUGCUGGAUCCUCUGUACCAGGAACUAGUGAAUACUCAUAGUUUUGGGCAGUCCCAAUUCUAGUAAGGCAGAACCUCCUUCCUUGUUCAUGUGGUUAAAAGGUCUGGCACUGUUAGAACCUGUCAGAGCAUAAGAGAUCAGUAGAAGUCCUAGUUUAGGACUGCAGGGACAUGGAGUUCUCUAUAAAGACACUGAUGGCAUAGCCUGUAGCUGGGAAGUUGGCUGACCACUGAUCUUCUCUUGCUUCUGGGUCUCUAGCCUUGGUGCUCCCUGUUCUCUUCAGGCUUUGGGUCUAGGCUGGACAGGAUUCAUAGGUACCUUUGCUUCUGCUGGGAGUUGGGUUGGCCCAAGAAGUUGAGGAAGCAAGGGCCAAACUGUGGCUUAGGGCUGACUCAGAUUCUCUCCUGUGCCAAUCUGAAACACAACCACCGUAAUGGAUACCCGCUUACCAUCAGUAUUAUCCAAGGCAGAACCUCUCUUGGGGAACAUUCAGGACAUUAGUCAUCAGGUGUGGUUCUUUCAAGACCAGACCCUCACAGCAGUCCCAAGGAAGAACUGCAUGGUUCCGGUCACUGUUACCUUAAUCUCAUGUAAAUGUCCAGAGACUCUUGAGAAAGACAAAGGAAAUCCCAUUUACCUGGGACUGAAAGAGCCAGAGCUCUGCCUGUUCUGCGAGAAAGUCAAGGACCAGCCCACGCUGCAGCUUAAGGAACAGAACAUAAUGGAUUUGUACUAUGAAAAUGAGCCUGUGAAGCCCUUCCUCUUCUACCACAGCCAGAGUGGCAGAACCUCCACCUUUGAGUCCGUGGCCUUCCCUGGCUGGUUCAUCGCUGUCUGUUCCCAAGGAGGUUGCCCUGUCAUCGUUACCCAAGACGUGGGGAAAACAUACAUCACUGAUUUUGUUUGGUCUGUACUCUAUUAAGAUAUGCUGGUCUGUGGUAUUGCACCCUUCCUGUUAUAACAAGACCGCUUGGAUCCUGAGAGGAAGAAGCAGACCCAGAAGUUCAAUCAAAAAAGAAGUGACCAGAAAGAAAGCUAUAUCUCUCUUGGGUUUGACUUAUGUCUCAGUGAAGUUACAUAUUCUGGCACUGGUUUGAUCGAAGAACUGCUGCUGUUUAUGAAUCUUUGAACUAAACUGUUAUCAGUAGAUCUCAUGAAUAGUUAAAUUUUUGAAAUAAAAAACAUUUGUCCUCUCAGUUGCUCUGUUCUGAAUGGAAUGACUUUAGUGGAAUAUCAAGGUCAUGAGAUUGACUCACUGCAUUUAUAGAGCUUUACAGUUAGUAGACCAGAUUCAAGAUGCGCCUGACCCAAGCCAUAGUGUUUUCAGUCUCCUAAUAUGCAUGUGAAAGCUGGACAAUGAAUAAGGAAGACCGAAGGAGAACCAACACCUUUGAAUUAUGGUGUUGGCAAAGAAUAUUGAAUAUACCAUGGACUGUCAAAAGAAUGAACAAAAUCUGUCUUGGAAGAAGUACAUCCAGAAUGCUCCUUAGAAGCAAGGAUGGUGAGAUUUCAUCUCACAUACUUUGGCCAUGUUAUCAGGAAGGACCAAUCUCCAGAGAAGGACAUCAUGCCUGGUAAAGUAGAGGGUCACUGAAAAAGAAGAAGACCCUCAACAAUAUGGAUUGAUACAGUCAGUGGCUGCAACAAUGGGCCUAAGUAUUCCAAAGAUUGUGAGGAUGGAGCAGGACCAGGCAGCGUUUCAUUCUGUUGUAUAUAGGGUCACCAUGAGUCAGAACUGACUCGACGGCACCUAACAACAACAACAACAAAAGCAGAUUCACAUGAAAUCUCUCAUUUCUAAGGAUAAACCAGUAGGAUUGUUGGGGAAUGUGGUAUCUUCCUAAACUCAGCUUUCGCCAGGCCUUACUACUGGGCUGAGUGGUACAAAAAAAGGAAAAUAUAAAAGCAAAAGCUAAAUAAAACAAAACUGAUUCAACUGAAAAAUAUACAAAAGAUGGCAUGUUAAGUUCAGCAUACCAAUGAUAACAAUAAAUGUGAAUGGGUUAAAGUUCAAAAUUUAAAGAGAAAGACAAUCAGAUGACUUGUCAAACCACACACACACUCACACACACACACACACACACACACACAAGCAAGCCUAGCUAUAUGCUAUUGUUGAGAUACAUGCAAAGGAAAAUAAUCCAAAAAGGUUGAAAACGUAGGAACUGAUGAAGAUAUGCCAGGCAUAUGUUACCCCCUAAAAAAAAUAGUUGAAAACAUCUUAUUUCAUGGACUGUAGGAUGCCAUGGAUUGUAAGACACAAAUUUAUUUAUAUAUAUAACUGCUAAGAAAGAAAGAAAAACAAAACAAAAUAACCGUGAAUAAAAUUGACUCAAUACUUUCUUAGACUUAUUGGAAGAGCUCUUUUAUAAUUAUUUAAACACAUACAUUUUAUAAUUUGGAGCCUUGGUGGCGCAGUGGUUCAAGUGCUUGGCUGCUAAUCAAAAGGUCAGGGGUUCAAACCCACCAGUGAUACCGUAGGAGAAAGAUGUGGCAGUAUGCUUCCUUAAAGAUUUACAGCCUUGGAAACCCUAUGGGACAGUUCUACUCGGUCCUACAGGGUUGCUAGCAGUCAGAAUCAACACCAUGGCAGUGGGUUUUUGGUUUAUUUUGUAAUGCAGUGGUCUUUUUCAUUCAUAGUAAGGCAAGUGUAAGUGAGGUGAGUUGGUUACAGUAUUCCUAGAACAUCCUCACAUUUUGAAUAUGAUUCUGCUUAAUCAUUUGAUGACUCAGAACCAUCCAUGCUUCUGUUUCCACAUGACACCCUUUCUGUGCCAACGAGAGUGCUAGUGAGCAGAAUUGUUUUAGACAAGUUUUCUGGAAGUUAUUCCAACCUGCUGACCUUCGUUUCACAGUUUUGAUGCUGCUGCCUAUUUUCUUUUGUGUUGGUUUUGACACAUAGGUUGUGUCAAUGGAAGGUUUGUCAAUAAAAUCCAGGAUUCAUAUUUCCUCCCUAAAUGGUUUUUUGAUAAUUUGUUGAAUGAAACAUCAAAGGGAUGAUGUUUGUCCCAUCGGUUGUCAGGAAGAGCAACCAUCUUUGCACUGCAAAGGCAAUGACAAACAUGUCAUGGCUCUCACCUAGCUGGCAGUGAUUGUAAGAUGCUAUCGAAUGUAAUAAGAUGCAUCCCAAUUUCAGAGACCUUAAAAGGUGAAAAUACAUGUUUUAAAAAUGAAAAAAUAUUGGUAUGUAUGUCUAAUGAAGAGCUCAAGAAAAACACCAAUAAUGGGUCAAAGAUGAGUUUCUUAUUUGGAUAAAAGGUAUGGACUGACAAGAAGAUAUGACAGUUAAGAACUAUUAGGUACCAAAAACUUAACAUCAAAGUAAUUUAAGCAAAUAAUAUAAAAACAAAAUAAUUUGAUAAAAACCACAAUCAUAGUGAGAUAAUUUAAUACUCCUCUCUCAGUAAUAGAUCAAGUAACAAAAAAAUAGGAGUUUAAAAUAUAUAAAGUAAAUAAUUAACAAAUUUCAGUUUAUAUAUAAACCUAUAUUCUAUAUAAACACUAUAACAUUAAUAAUUAUAUUUAUAUACAAACAUUUUUUAUUUUCCUGAUAUGUGAAUAUGCUAUACUCUACAGUAUUACAUACCACACACAAACGUACUCACUAAUGAGUUAGUUUCUUAUUAAGUAAUUGAUUAACUGGUGUUUUAAUACAGAAAUAUCGGCAUAUUACAUAUUUAGGACUGUUUUGGUGAUAUCUGGGCUGUUGGUUGAGUUUUUUAUGGGCUAGCAAUGCAUUAUUAUUUUCUCCAUUUAAUGUAAUGGAACAUAUGAUCUGCGAUCUGCAAUUUUGCUGUCCAACGUGGUUUGCAGGACGGAGCAGCCAUUCGAGUUUCUGCUUUUUGAGUUGCCCGUUAACCUCAUUUGCCCAUUUUCUUUUCCUGUUACCUUUGUAUUUAUCUUUUUUCUUGUUGAAUUGUAGAAGGCCCUUAUAUUUUAAGUUUUAAUUUAUUAUUGGUUUUAGAUGUUGUGUAUAUCUUCUUUUGAUCUGCCAUCUGUUAACUUUUUUCUGUGAUGUCUUCAAUAAGAAAUGAUUAAAAAAAAUUUAAUGUGGUAGACUAUAUAUAACAAAACAUUUGCCAUUUCAACCAUUUUUAUCUGUAUAAUUCAAUGACAUUAAUUAUGUCACCACGGUAUGCAACCAUCAUCACUAUUCAUUUCCAAUUUUUUUCAUUACCCUUAACAGAAACGCAAUACCCUUAGGCAGUAACUCUCCAUUUCCUUCGCUUACCUGCCUUUGGUAACACCUAAUAAACUGGUCUCUAUGUAUUUGUCUGUUCUAGAUAUUUUACAUGUGAGAUCAUAUCAUAUUUGUCUUUUUGUGUCUCACUUAUUUCACUCACAUGUUUUCAGUGUUCCUGUAUGUAUCAGUGCUCAUACAUGUAUCAGAACUUGAUUUCUUUUUAUAAUUGAAUGAUAUUCCAUCAGAUGAAUAUACCAUAUUUUGUUUAUCCAUUAGUCUGUUGAUAUACACUUGAGUUGUUUCUGUUUUUCUUGGUUAUUGUGAACAAUGCUGCUAUGAACAUUUGUGUACAAGUAUCCAUUUGAGUCCCUAUUUUCAAGUCCUUUGAGUAUAUAGCUAGGAGUUGCUGGGACCUAUAAUAAUUCUGGAAACCCUGGUGGCAUAGUGGUUAAGAGCUACAGCUGCUAACCAAAAGAUCAGCAGUUGGAAUCCACCGGGAGCUCCUUGGAAACCCUAUGUGGCGGUCCUAGUCUGUCCUAUAAGGUCACUCUGAGUUGGAAUCAACUCUAUGCCAAUGGCUUUGGUCUUGGUUAUAAUUCUAUGUUCAACUUUUUGAGGAACCGCCAAUACUGUUUUCCACAGCAGCUGCACCAUUUUACAAUCUCACCAGCAAUGAAUAAGGGCUCCAAUUUCUCCACACCCUCACCUACACUUUUUAUUUUGACUUUUCAUUAUAAUAGCCAUCCUAGUUUUUUUUUAGUAGGUAUAAGCGGUAUCUCU